GGAGUGCGAGGGAAGAGAGGAGUAGAAGCCCCACAAGCUGGGAACCAACCUCUUCCAUGAUUCCCAGCCCGGGCCUUUCUCCAUCCCGACCUGGAGGCUGCUUCGCGAGCGCGGGACGCAGCUGACGUCCGCUAAUCGGCUUUCGCUGCGCCGCCCUGGCUCGGGACCCGGUUGGCGGCGGCGGCGGUGACGAGAAGCCCACAGACGAGCUCAGCUCUGUUCUACUUUGAGAGAAAGAGAGAGAAAGUCAAAUGUCCGUUUUUUACUCCCUCUUGAGAACUCAGCUCCUGGAUGACGGGACAUUUUGGCUGCUCUGAGGACAAUGGCUUGAAGUGGGGUUGGAGAGGAAUCUGGGAAAGCACUUGAGAAGCAGCUGCAGGAAUCCAACUGGAGAUGAUGAGUUAAUGGAGAGUUGGAGGCAACCUUACUGAAGAUGAAGAAAAUACAGUAUUAGAGGAGAUUUUUUUCUUUUUUCUUUCAGAAGUCUUGAUUGGUGGCUUGCCUAUAGUUACCACUCUUCAGUUGAGUAUUGUUUGCUUCAUCAAAAAUGAUUUUUACAAUCUCAAGAAAAAAUAUGUCCCAGAAAUUGAGUUUAUUGUUGCUUGUAUUUGGACUCAUUUGGGGAUUGAUGUUACUGCACUAUACUUUUCAGCAACCAAGACAUCAAAGCAGUGUCAAGUUACGUGAACAAAUACUAGAUUUAAGCAAAAGAUACGUUAAAGCUCUAGCAGAGGAAAAUAAGAACACAGUGGAUGUCGAGAAUGGCGCUUCUAUGGCAGGAUAUGCGGAUCUAAAGAGAACAAUUGCUGUCCUUUUGGAUGACAUUUUACAACGCUUGGUGAAGCUGGAGAAUAAGGUUGACUAUAUUGUUGUGAACAGCUCAGCAACCAACAGUCCCAGUGGUACUAGUGGGAAUCUGGUGCCAGUCACCACAAAUAAAAGGAUAAAUGCAUCAGGCAGCAUUAGAUAGCAGUUGAGGAUCACCUUGUGCUGCUACAUCCACUGUCGAUUAUAUCCUAUGGCAGAAAAGCUUUUAAAUCACAGGCUAGGAUAGAGUAAUACUUUGCGAUAAAAGCUCUACGCAUUUUCAAGGAAUAUGCUGGAUUCAUGGAACUCUAAUUCUGUAUAUAAAUUUUAAAAGUUGUUAGUUUGCUUUCAGGCAAGUCUCUUCAAUGCUGUACUAUAUCCUUAAAGGGAAUUUGAUAACAUGGUUGAUGUAGUAAGCAGAUAGGUGAUCUUUGUAUAAGUCUUUUGUGUUUGAGAUCAAGCUGAAACAAAAAUACUGAAGGACAUGGAUUCAUUUUUAUAAAAUAUUUAUUUAAAUAUAUAACAUGUUUUUCAGACAAAUGAAGAAUAUUGUUGUUGAAUCAUUCUGUCAUGUGUUCUCAAUAGAUGUAACUGUUAGGCUAAUACUAUUAGGAAAUGUGCUUCCUCUAGUACUAUAUUUUGUUAGAUUAUGAGCAGAGAAAGGAAGUAUAAUGUUGAAAAUAAUGUUUUGAAAUCAUGACCCAAAGAAUGUCUUCAUUUGCACUAUCCUUCAGAAUAACUGAAGGUUAAUUACUGUAUAUUUUUAAAAAUUACAUUUGUAAGAGUAUAAUCUUGAAAUGGGUAGUAGCCACUGUCUGUAACCUAUUGUAAACAUUGGGACAAUUACAUAAUGUUAAAAUAGUAAUCUGUAAUCUCAUAUGUAACAUUUUCUUAUGUAUUUUCUGAAGAAUAAAAGAUUUUUAUGAUGAGAUUAGAAACUAAGUUAAGUAUUAAUUCAUGAUUUUUCACAUACAUGAAUGUUAAUUUAAAAGUUUAACCCUUUGCUUGUCUGUGCUAUCAGGAAAGCACAUUAUUUCCAUAUUUGGGUAAUUUUUCCUUUUAUUAUGUUGGCGGGGAGGGAGAGACUGAGAUAUUUGUGAGUCUGGGACUCGUAAGGACUUUAGCUAGAUGUACAUAAUAAAGGUAUUUGUGCUACAUUACAUUGCUUGGAAAAUGUUAACAUUAUAUGAGAGUAUCCUGCUUUAUGAAAUUUUGGAUUUGUAUAACAGAUACAGUAGAUAUUCAUUUUAUAUAAUGACUACUUAAAAAUAAUUAAGAACCUUUAAAAUAAUUUAAAUUAUGAAGACUGACUAUCGUUUCAGGAUAAUAGCUAUUGUAAAUAGCACAAGAGAUCCUAAUCAUGGGUAAUUUUAGUAUAGAGCAAAGUACACCUUUAUUUAAAUUUCCCUUGUAGCAAAUUUAAUUGCCAUAUGGUGCCCUAUAUUUCAUAGUAUUUAUUCUCUAUAAUAACUGCUUAAGUGCAGCUAGCUUCUAGAUUUAGACUAUAUUGAAUUUAGUUCUGAAUAUUGUAUUGUUCAUUAUUACAAUAUGCUACCGUACAUAGUAGCAAUAUUUAUAAUGUUAUAUUAAAAUAAGUAUGAGAAAAUAUUGUUUCAUGAAAGGUAGCUUUCCAAACUCUUUUCUCUGUACUGUACCUUUAUGUGAAGAAAUAAUUACAUACUGUUGCCAGGUGAAGUUUGGAAUAAUUGUUCAGUCUCUCUUAGUAGAUUGGACAUUUUUGUUUUUUUGUUUUUCAGGGAUGAAAUAAAAUAUGUUAUUUGUACUUACAAAGUGUUAUAAGUUUUUUCUUUAA